AGUACACACCAUGCUCUAUAUAUACUGGUUUUAUUUGUGUUGCUCAAAUAAUAGUUGAAAUUGAUGAAAUGGGACUAUUUCUUUUGUAGAAACAGUUCCAGUUGAAACUCUUCUCAGUGGAUUGCCCAGAAACAUUUCUGAGAAGAUACAUGCUGAGCUCAGGGCCUAAAUAGCCUUACCACUUCCUCAUAUGGUACAUUUUGCAAAAUGGAGCUUGUCUUACUUCUCUGUGCCGUUUCUCUGCUGCAUUCAUGUGAAGCACAAGAGUCCAGUGCUGUGACUCCUGUGUUUGUGCAGAAAGGAGAGGAUGUCCUUCUGAAUGUCACAAUAGCUGAUGUUCGUGAAGAAGAUACUGUUACCUGGAGAUUCAAUAAAACAGUUAAUUUAGUACGAUUUUUACCUGGGAACCUCGGAACAAAAGUCUCUGAUGAUUACUCUGGAAGGAUUGAGUUUCUUGUGAAAUACUCUGUGAAAUUGAAGAAUCUACAAGAGGCAGACAGUGGAGUUUAUACUGCAGUAGUGUCUGGGGAUAAAGAAAAACAAAUAACUGAAUACAAGAUCACAGUUCAAGAUCCAGUGUCUCCAGUUAAACUGUCAGUGGACUCUGUGUCUAACAGCUCAGACUGGUGUAACCUGACAGUGAGCUGCAGAGCACAGGACUCUCACAUUAACAGCACCUUUAGAUGUGACACCCACACCCACACCUGCAGUCAGGAGGGAGGAGAGAGAUCACAGGUCACACCCUCUGCUGCUGAUCUCCAUGUCUACCUGUCCAAUGGCUACAUCAUCUGUAACCAUAGCAACCAGGUCAGCUGCACCAAGGACAUCAAAAUAAUUGAAAAUGUCUGCCCCCGACAUGCUGUUCAUGAACCUUCCACCAAUGCCAUCUCUGUGGGUGCUGGUAUUGGCAUAGGUAUCUCUCUCUUCCUCCUAUGUGUUGCAGCAGCAGCAGCAGCAGCAGCAGCAUUUCGUUAUCAAAACACAGGACAAUAUGAAAGAAAGCACAUGGAGAAUACAGUAUAUGAAGUUCCUCAGGUCGGACCUACAACCUUACCUCAGAGUCCAACAGUUGAAGUUAUAGGUCUUUCUCCGACCUCCACCUACUGCUUGGUAGGGCCUCACACUGGAUCUGUGGAUUCCAGUACGACAAGAGGAACGACUCUGCCAGAGAGUCUUUAUGCUCAGGUGGAUAAACCUGCCAGGUCCUUAAACAAGUAAUCAGUAUGGUAUUACACAUAUACUGCCUGGCUACAAAUUACAGUUUAGCUGUUGAUGUCCCAUACAGAAACAUUUCUAUGGAAACAGCUGUAAUAUAAUGUAAUAUGAUUAGUAUUUUGUGUGUGUGUGUGUGUGUGUGUGUGUGUGUGUGUGUCCCUGGAUAUCUAUAUACCUGGGGUCAAGCCAUUAUACUGUUACUUGAAGUUUUUUUCAGCAGAUAUCUCAGUUAUAACACGAUAGAGCUAGAAAGCUGUUUAGUGUAGUGCUAUUUAUUAAGUUUUGGAAAUCCCACAAUCUCUAUAAAGCUAAUGUUAGCUUAACUUGGCUGGCAGACUAAACAGGGAGGGACUACAAAUCCUCUCUGUAUUUCUCAGUAUGGUUAUGUUUACAAAAUGUUGUAGUCUGUCAACUUUCACAAGCAGAAGCUCGAGUGAAGAUAAUUACCUCUUCUGAAGAGUCCAUGUUUUUUUCUUGGCUACAAGCAACUGCGUGGAGGAGGGGU